CUGACCGCCGUAUUCUUAAACGCUACUCGACUCGAAACUCGACUCGAAACUCGACUUGAGGGUGGUUUUGCGAUUCAUAAACAAAUCUCCACUCGAAACUCCACUCGACUCCAAAAUCUCCACUCGAAACUCCAAAAUUUACUCGAGAUCUCGAGUCUGCGCCGGAGCUACCUUGAACGGCCACUCGAGUCACUCGAGUGCGUUCAGUGUCAUGGCGGCCGACGCAUCGUUCGCCGACUUCGUCGACUUCGUGUUGAGAACGGACGAAGUUCUUCAUGACGACCGAGACCCCGACCAGGACGUCGAUGUGCCGAGACGACGUUGCCGGGACCGGCUCAAUCCGCUGGAGCAUUUCAACGAUUGGGAGUUCCUGGUGCGCUAUCGUUUUACAAAAUCGACAGUCGUAAGCCUCCUGCAGUGCCUGCCGCUGGAAGCAAACGAGAGCAGUCGCGGCCUGCCACUGUCCCCGAUGCUCCAGCUCCUCGUAGCGCUGAGAUUUUAUGGCGCCGGGACUUUUCAAGUAGUUACGGCCGACCUCGUGAACGUGUCGCAGCCGACGGUGUGCCGCGUAAUCGAGCGCGUCUCCCGGGUCCUCGCCGAGACUCUCUUCCCCCGCCUCGUGGAUUUCCCGGAGGGCGACUGCGACGAGGUCAUGCGGGAUUUCUACAACAUCGGGAAGUUCCCCAGUGUGACUGGGUGCAUCGACUGCACCCACGUCAAAAUAAAGGGACCUGGCGGUCCCAAUGGGGAAGUCUUCAGGAACAGGAAGGGGUUCUUCUCCCUCAACGUGCAGGCCAUCACAGGACCCCAGCUGCAGUUUUUUGACCUUGUUGCUAGAUGGCCAGGCUCCGUGCAUGACAGCAGGAUAUUCGAUAACAGUCGUGCAAGGGUCCUGUACGAGAAUCGGCGCAUCCCUGGCCUGCUGCUCGGAGAUGCAGGCUAUGCCUGCAUGUCAUUUCUUCUGACGCCCCUGACCAGCCCAGGUGUAGCCAACAGCCCAAAGGGCAGGUACCAAGCAGCUCACCUAAAAACAAGGAACUCGGUCGAACGGGCAUUUGGAGUGUUCAAGCGACGCUUCCCUUGUUUGGACAUGCGGCUACAGUACAAGGCGGAACGGUCAGCCCUCAUCAUCACCGCCUGUGCUGCACUGCACAACCUGGCCCUGCUGCGAAAAGAGCCAUGCCCACCUGCUCUACCCUCUCCACCAGUACCCCGACGCCGGAGGCGGCUGCGUCCUCAUGUACUGCCAUCACCUCCAGACCCUGUCGACACAAUCAACGGCUCGCUGAAACGCACAGAGAUCAUCGCACUGUGUUUCCAAUAGGGAUAUUCAACCAGUAGCACAUGUUUAUAGUCAAUGACAGGUCAAGGAUAGUGUACAAGCUGGAGAGGAGGAAGCAGACAGAAGCUUGAGGUGGA